AAAAAAAAAAACACGAAGGCAAAAAAAGGGCCAGCAACUUCCAUCUGCGCCCCCUUUGCACUUCCAAGAAGCUCUUCUCUGCUUCUGCUUCUUCCUAGAGCCGGCCACUUCGGACUAGGAACAGCCACAGCCACCACAUUGGCUUCCUCAUCCGCGUCUUGCGUCCCGCAUUUCGCUCUUCUUCUCUCUGGGUUUUCGUCGCGCGCAGCAAGGUCUGCAGCUCCAGCUCUUGGACUAGCUCCAUCCUCUCGACGCCUCGUCCCUUUUCUCCCCUCCCGUCACUACGCAAAAUCAAGAAAGAUGCCUCCCAAGAAGGCGGUUGUCGAGGAGAAGAUUCCUCUGGGCAGGCCCGGCAACAACUUGAAGAGUGGCAUUGUCGGUCUCGCCAACGUCGGCAAAUCUACCCUCUUCCAGGCCAUCACAAAGUGCAAUCUUGGCAACCCAGCUAACUUUCCCUACGCCACAAUUGAGCCCGAAGAAGCUCGCGUUAUUGUGCCCGAUGAGCGAUUCGACUGGCUCGUUGAGAAAUACAAGCCCAAGUCUGUCGUACCCGCCAACUUGACCGUCUACGAUAUUGCCGGUCUGACUCGCGGUUCUUCCACCGGAGCUGGUCUCGGAAACUCUUUCCUUUCCCACAUCCGUGCUGUCGAUGCCAUCUUCCAAGUUGUGCGAUGCUUCGACGACGCUGAGAUUAUCCACGUCGAGGGUGACGUCAACCCUACCCGUGAUUUGGACAUCAUCAGCGAGGAGCUGAGACUCAAGGAUAUUGAGUUUGUGGAGAAGGCUCUUGAGAACCAGAAGAAGAAGACCCGCAUGGGCGGCCAGAGUCUUGAGCUGAAGAAGGCUAAGAUUGAGCAGGAGAUGAUUGAGAAGGUCCUGGCCUGGCUACAAGACGGCAAGGAGGUCCGCAAGGGCAACUGGUCCCCCAAGGAGAUUGAGGUCAUCAACCCUCUCUUCUUGCUGACGGCCAAGCCCGUCGUGUAUCUUGUCAACUUGUCUGAGAAGGACUACAUCAGAAAGAAGAACAAGUACCUCCCCAAGGUCGCCGAGUGGAUCAAGGAGCACGCCGAGGGCGACCCCAUCAUUCCCAUCUCCGUCUCUUUCGAGGAGCGUCUGACUCGCUACGAGACUGAGGAGGAGGCCAAGGAGGAGCAGAAGAACGUUGGCGCCGAGUCUGCCCUGCCCAAGCUGAUUGUCCAGAUGCGCAAGGCGCUCCAGCUGGGCAGCUUCUUCACAACGGGAGCCGACGAGGUCCGCCAGUGGACUAUCCGCAACGGCACCAAGGCUCCCCAGGCUGCCGGUGUUAUCCACACCGACUUUGAGAAGACUUUUAUCCAGGCUAUUGUCUACAACUUUAGCGUUAUCAAGGAGCUUGGUGAUGAAGCCGAGGUCAAGGCCAAGGGCAAGGUCAUGACCAAGGGUAAGGACUACGUAGUGGAGGAUGGUGACAUUAUGCUCAUCAAGGCCGGUGCUGCUAAGAGCUAAAUGUCUCGUAUCUGCGGAGUAGUGCUCAUGUAAUGGGAUCAUUUUGUCCUUGGGUUAGGAAAAUAAAAAGUAAAUUACCACC